GCCAAAUCUCCAAGUCGGCCCUGCACUCUUCUUGGGCAAGGCCUCGAACUUCCGUGGCUCCAUGGCACCAGGCGGCCGCAGGGCGGCCGCCUUGCGGCUCUUGUCUCUGCAAGGGCCUCAAAGACUCUGCGCCUCGGCUCGGUGAGGACGGCGUUCGGGGGGCUUUGGGCGAUGCCGGCUCGACGGCUCGACGCCGUGGAGUCGUGUUCGGAGGUCACGGUUUGUGAAGUUGUGCCAGAUAUCACCGGUCGGGAACUCAAGGAGCGCAUCAAGGAGUGCCAGGCCGUUCCCUGGAACUCCCGUGCCUCCGUGGCGCCAGGCGGCCGCAUGGCGGCCGCAUUGCGGCUCUUGUCUCUGCAAGGCUGGCUGAUUGGGAUCCUGAUCAAGGACACGAGCCUCCUUUUCUGCUGGGAGGAAGCGCUCGUGGAGAUCCAGGACGUCAUUGACAUUGGAUUGGCCCAGGCAUCCUCGGCCCUGAGCACUGGUGGUGAGCCCUCCCAGGUCAGGGAGAGGCCAAGGAGCUCGGGAAGGAAGAAGAGCACAGAGGAGUCGCCUCUAGAGGAGCCAGAGCUGCCAAAGGAGGAGACGGAGCUGGACAAGGUGAAGAGGGAGAGGUCCCCGACCGAAUCUUCUGAGGAGCCGGAGGAGCUCAGCCGAAGCCCGCAGCUGCAGGAGGUGAGAUGA